AUGAUGAAUAUUUCGGCAGUAGCCUUCAUCCUGUUCACUGUGGUCUAUAUCUUCCUACUCCCCUCCUCUUUCGGACAGUAUAUUGAACCGCAUCUCUGUGAUGGCGUCUGUUACUGUUCUCGCAACGAAGCCGUUGUGGACUGCAGCCCCCAAGAUCGCAUUAUCGGUGUGCCCACAAACCUGCCACCGGGGACGCAGAAACUCGUAAUUCAGGGUGGUUUCUUUCCAGAUCCUGGGCAUCUGAGUGCCAAGAAUCUCACGGGCCUGGCACACUUAGUCAGUCUCCGGAUUGUCAAUUCGCAACUCCGCUCGGUUCAGUCACGAGCUUUCCUUGGAAUGACCAAUCUACGGGACCUAGAUCUCUCCCUAAACCUUCUCUAUCGAAUUGAACCGCACACUUUCUAUGGUCUGAACUUACAGACGUUAUAUCUGCAGAAACAGCGGCUGCAACCAGACUCUCAUAUACUCUACGGGCCCUCGGCAGAUCCAGAACCGUUGGUGAUUUCCACCGAGGCCUUCUAUGGCCUUUCAGCCGCGCGGAUAGACCUGCGUCGGAACUUCAUCUCUGACAUAUCCUACUCCCUCUUUUCCAAAGUUGAUGGCCUGGAGGAACUGAUUCUUUCUAACAAUCGGAUACGUCAAUUGGAUGCAAAAUUUGCGGACUACUUCGAUAACCCAAAUCGUCUCAUUGACCUAACCGACAACCCCUUGGAGUGUUCGUGUAAACUGGCCUGGUUGGUGAGUCGGGUAAAGGAGUGGGUGAGUAAGUCACCCUCCCUCAAAACCGCCUGCAUUAUCGAUCCGCGAAUCAGUGGAUCCCUUUCAAAAGUGGAGUUGAAGGAACUCACCACAGAUCACCUUUGCAUGGGCUCCAGGAUCCAAUCUAUCGGUGUAGAUAUAACCCCUGCUGGAAAAGCAGCCACUCUCAGUUGUACUGCAAUUACCUUCAAUCGCAUGGACACUGCUGAACAGCAACUCAGCACUUUUCGUCAUGGCGAGAGUGAAUCCCUGAUAAAUCAUCCAGUAGUCCAACUUCGACCUCCAUCGGUAGCGUGGAAAUAUGUGGAAUCGGGUCAACUGCGUCAGGUCACAGGGAUGCCCUCGGAUCUGCCACAAUCCCUUGAUCAUCCCAACUUUGGUGCGGGUACGGAAGAGAAGACGAUGACCACUGUGCAGCUCAACGUCUCGCUCUCACAAAUUGGUCGCAAAUUCUCCUGCAUCACUUGGGAUGAGAAGGCAAAUGAUCAGGAGGUUCUUGUCACCAUUCGUGGUCCUAUGCUUCCACCUCUCAUUAAAUCCAAGGGCUCAUCCAAGGAAUCUACCUUCGGAGCUGCCAAUGAAAAAACAUCCCAGCUGGACGAAAGGGCAAGAGAGGGUGAUCUCGCCUCCUUGACAGGCAAUAUGGCCUACGGGCAUUCAAGCUUCCUCUUCCAAAAGCAAUACACCUUGUUAGAGAUGAUUGGAGCUGUGAUUGGAACGUUCUUGGUAACUCUGGUCGUCCUCCUGGUCGGAUCAAGGUGUAUGAUGCUGUUAAAGCACAGGGCGAUUUUCAACCACCCCUCAAAGGAGAUUGGCGGGAGGCCUGCGACGUACGAUGCUCCUGCCUCGAAGCAAACCGAUGCGCUGGUGGGUGUUGGGAAUAUCACCACGCGGACGGCCGGAAGCAACAGUAAUGGCGGCCUUCAGUCGAUGGGAUGUGACGGAAUCGCCGCCGCUUACCCAUUGUACAAUCAUUACCUCGCCUCAGCCUCCGGUGUUACCUACCCCACACAUAUACCUCCCACAGCCUCUCUCAUAACAAGCCCCACUUCUGCCCAGCUCAUGCCCAUUUCUGCCGCAACGCCUUUGCUUCAGCCGAGUAUGACAGUUCCUGGAAUGCAGAGCAUACAGCCGAUUUCCCAGUGGCCGGCGCCACCGGGAUCAUCUUAUUCUGGAGCUGGUAGUCAUGAAUACGACAUCCCAAGGGCUAUGGAAUUAUCCCAGGUGGCUUCGGAUCAAACAACUCUGCAAAGGGAACACCAGCAGUCGCAACAACAACAGAUGCAGACAAUGGUCCAGCAUCAACAGCAUCAACACUCGAAAAUGAACCUCACCAUCGAUGCAUUCGGAGGCGAUAGCGCCGAUUAA